AUCCAUGCCGGAUACCCAACCCGCGAUGUAACUUUUACAUUGGGUCCCCGGCGGUGUCUGUCACCGCUUCAUCUGGGCCCGCAGUCUCCAUCCAACCGCCUUUCAUCCUUCAUCCGUCUGUCAUGCGUAUAUAUACCACCUCGAUGUGCCUCACGACCUCGGUCAGCGUCGCUUCCUGCCCGAAAAUAGCCACCCUUGGUACUUCCCCUCCUCUUCCUCAGCCCGUCUCCUCAUAUCCCUCAGGGAUCUAUUGUACUUUCCCUCUAUUCAUACCCUUGCAUCGACCUCAUCCAUCAUGACCCUCUUUACUCUAUCGCCCAUCAUGUUGUCGCCGCCGUCCUUCUGGGACGUGGCCGUGGCUGUCUCGGCCAUGGCUCUGGUGAGCUAUGUGUAUGGCGUUGCCCAGACUCUGCGCUCGCCUCUGCGCAAGUUGCCAGGCGCUCGUGAGCAUGCCCUCAAUAUCUUUCUUGGCGACCGGCUUGUCGCAAUGCUCAAGAGCCAGUUCUUGAAACGCCAUUUGGUGCAGUUGGAUCUCCAUCAGAGAUACGGCCCCAUCGUUCUCUUGAACAACAGCACCAUCUCGGUGAGCGACACACAGCUCCACAGCUACAUUGCCUUUGAUCUCGACCUCCCCAAGGCCGAGAUAUACAAGCUUCUGAACAUCUAUCCCGAGGUUUAUUCGAUCUUCAGCGCGAUCGACAAGUCCUACCACCGCAUGCUUCGUCGGACGCUGUCUCCGGCGUUCGGAGCCAGGAGCCUGAGGAUGCAGGAGCCCCUGAUUGAAGACUGCCUGACGAACUUUCUGCAGUCAGUUGCACGCAGCUGCACCGGCCCAAAGCUAGAGGCCACCGUCGACAUAUGGGCCACCAUCCGCCUGUUUACCCUCGAUGUGACUGGUCUCACGGCAUUCGGCACAGAGUUCAAUAUGAUCCGGAACGGUCAGCACCGGCUUCCGUCGACCAUCAACUCCAUUUUCCUGUUCCGGUCCGUCAAAGCUGUCUUCCCGUUCAUCGAAUACCUGCCGUUCCUGCCGAUUGUCCAGAAGCGCAACGAGGAUGUCCAGUACCUCGAGGACUUUGUCUUUGCCCUGAUUCGCGAGCGCAAGUCGGGUGCCGUCAAUCGCAGCGACCUGCUGCAGUUCAUUGUCGAUGCCGUUGACCCUGACACGGGCAAGGGUCUGACUGACAAAGAGAUCUUUUCGAGCGUUACGGCUCUGCUGACAGCCGGAAGCGAGACGACGGCCAGCGCCCUGGCCUUUGGCCUGAUUCGCAUCGCAGAGGACCGCAAAGUCCUCGAGAAGCUCCAGAGCGAGCUCGAUGCUGUGCAACUCGAUCCCUCCAGCCGCCUGAUCAGCCAUUCGUCAGCAAAGAAGCUGCCGUAUCUCAAUGCCGUCAUCGAUGAAAUCAUCCGCAUCGACCCCACUGCCGGAGCGGGCGGCAUGCGCCAGGCCGACUCGGAUAUCAGCCUCGGCAGCUACGCCAUUCCCAAGGGCACCAACAUCAACAUGACCAUCUACUCGGCCCACUACGACGAGCACUACUGGCAGAAUCCGACUCAACUCAACCCCGAGCGCUUCCUCUCCGGCAACCCCGACGUCAAGAAGCAUCAUGUGCCCUUCUCCCUUGGUCCCCGUAACUGCAUCGGCAAGGAGUUUGCCCUCAUCGAGAUGCGGCUUUUCCUGGCCAACUUUGUUCGCCUCUUUGACAUGCGCCUGCCCGACGGACCGCCCCAGUCCAAGGCCCAGGUGCUCUCAGUGACCCUUGGGCUUGAGUCGCAGACCUACAAACUGGUGGUGACCCCUCGCACCGAGAGUGUUCUUCAGAGCCUCUGAGCCAUUCCAGCUAUCCGCCACAACUUCCUCGCUGCACUCUGCAGCAACACGCCCUGCGCUCUUGUCGAAUAUACCCUGUUUCAAAACCAG